AUAAAAGGAAUGUAACAAUUGAAUCAGAGUCCUUUGGGAAAACUUAAGACAGAUGAAAAACAAAUAGAAUCUUAUAGAUACAAUUUUAAAAAAGGAAAAUUAGGUAAAGGUGCAUAUGGAACUGUAUAUAAAGGAAUAAAUAUUCAUACUCGAUAAAAUGUAGCAAUAAAAUUAGUUAGAAAAAGUGAUAUGAAAGACAUGGGUAAAUAUUUUAUUAUAUUUAGAUGAUGAAAAGUAACUUUUAAAUGAAAUCUAAAUAUUAAAGAGUCUAAAAAAUCCUAAUAUUAUAGAGAUCAUUGAUGUUCUUCAAACGGAGAAUAAUUACUAUAUAAUUUUAGAAUAUUGUAAUCAUGGGGAUUUAGAAUCCUUAAUAUAUAAAACUCAUUAAAUAACUCCAGAAGAUCAUUUUCAAUUUUUAAUAGAUAUUUUAACUGCGUUCACAACAUUAAUAAAGUAAGGGAUAAUGCAUAGAGAUCUUAAGCCAGCUAAUAUAUUAGUUCAUAUAGAGAAUAAUAGAAAAAUAUUUAAAUUGGGUGAUUUUGGUUUUGCAAGAUAGAUCAGUAAUUAUAAAAAUCAAAUAAUGGAGAGUAAAGUUGGAACUCCAUAUUACAUGAGUCCAUAAAUAUUGAAUGGUUAAUAAUAUACAAGUAAGAGUGAUAUAUGGAGCAUAGGAUUAAUGUUAUACUAAAUAAUUUAUUAAAAAAGUAAGAAAUUACAAUUAUAAUAAAGCUCCAUGGUUAGGUAGAUCUGAGAGUGAAUUACUUUAUAAUAUAGUUCAUUAAAAUUUGAAAUUUCCAGAAGUUCCAAAUAUAAAUGAUUUAUGUAAAGACUUUAUUUUGAAUUGUUUAUAAAUAAAGGAGGAAAAUAGAUUUAGUUGGGACACUCUUUAUCGUCAUCCAUAUAUUAGUGAAUAUUUUAUAAAGUUUUAGAUGUAAAGAAGUAAUUGCUAAAAGAAAUUAUAUUAUAUUUAGAAUUACUUGAAAUAGAAAAUUCCAAAUGUUGAUAUUUUAACUCAAAUAUUUUAGAAGGUAGAUACUUCUGGAGAUUAAUAAUUAAAUUUAGAAGAAUUUAAAAGUUUUAUCUAAUAUUUAGAUAAUAGCUUUAAUGAUGAUGAUGUAAAAUAUAUUUUUGAUGAAUUUGACAGAGAUGGAAAUGGAUAUGUUGAUUUUGAAGAAUUCAAAUAAUAUUUAUAUCCAUCACCUCCUAAAAAGGCCAAAUUAUAGAGGUCUUUAUAAUAAAAACAUAUGAUAAUUUUAAAAGAGUUAUCAAAUUUGAUUUAAUAAUAUAAUAUGAGUCCAAGAUAAUUAUUUCGAAAAUAUGACACUUCAAACAAUAAUGCUUUAGAUAAACAUGAAUUAUUUGCAUUGUUAAAAAAAAUAGAUUUAAAUAACCAAUUGUCAUUAGAAGAUAUUGAAACCAUAAUAAAUGUAUUUGAUGAAAAUGAUGAUGGUGAAAUUUAAUUUGAAGAAUUUAAAAAAUGUUUGUAGUUGAUACAUAAUGAUGAAUUAUUUACAAUAAAUUCAAGUAAGAAAAUGAUUAUUGAAACUGAUGAAAAAAUAUAGAUUGUUCCUUAAUUGAAUAAAAAAAUAAGUAUUGAAUAACUACAUAAUUAAAAAAUUAUUUAGAAUACACAAAAUUAAUAAUUGGUAGUAUUACAAACGAAUCCAUAGAUAUCUUUUAAUCUCUGUUAAUGUAAUAUUUGAAUUUUANCAAAUAAUGGAGAGUAAAGUUGGAACUCCAUAUUACAUGAGUCCAUAAAUAUUGAAUGGUUAAUAAUAUACAAGUAAGAGUGAUAUAUGGAGCAUAGGAUUAAUGUUAUACUAAAUAAUUUAUUAAAAAAGUAAGAAAUUACAAUUAUAAUAAAGCUCCAUGGUUAGGUAGAUCUGAGAGUGAAUUACUUUAUAAUAUAGUUCAUUAAAAUUUGAAAUUUCCAGAAGUUCCAAAUAUAAAUGAUUUAUGUAAAGACUUUAUUUUGAAUUGUUUAUAAAUAAAGGAGGAAAAUAGAUUUAGUUGGGACACUCUUUAUCGUCAUCCAUAUAUUAGUGAAUAUUUUAUAAAGUUUUAGAUGUAAAGAAGUAAUUGCUAAAAGAAAUUAUAUUAUAUUUAGAAUUACUUGAAAUAGAAAAUUCCAAAUGUUGAUAUUUUAACUCAAAUAUUUUAGAAGGUAGAUACUUCUGGAGAUUAAUAAUUAAAUUUAGAAGAAUUUAAAAGUUUUAUCUAAUAUUUAGAUAAUAGCUUUAAUGAUGAUGAUGUAAAAUAUAUUUUUGAUGAAUUUGACAGAGAUGGAAAUGGAUAUGUUGAUUUUGAAGAAUUCAAAUAAUAUUUAUAUCCAUCACCUCCUAAAAAGGCCAAAUUAUAGAGGUCUUUAUAAUAAAAACAUAUGAUAAUUUUAAAAGAGUUAUCAAAUUUGAUUUAAUAAUAUAAUAUGAGUCCAAGAUAAUUAUUUCGAAAAUAUGACACUUCAAACAAUAAUGCUUUAGAUAAACAUGAAUUAUUUGCAUUGUUAAAAAAAAUAGAUUUAAAUAACCAAUUGUCAUUAGAAGAUAUUGAAACCAUAAUAAAUGUAUUUGAUGAAAAUGAUGAUGGUGAAAUUUAAUUUGAAGAAUUUAAAAAAUGUUUGUAGUUGAUACAUAAUGAUGAAUUAUUUACAAUAAAUUCAAGUAAGAAAAUGAUUAUUGAAACUGAUGAAAAAAUAUAGAUUGUUCCUUAAUUGAAUAAAAAAAUAAGUAUUGAAUAACUACAUAAUUAAAAAAUUAUUUAGAAUACACAAAAUUAAUAAUUGGUAGUAUUACAAACGAAUCCAUAGAUAUCUUUUAAUCUCUGUUAAUGUAAUAUUUGA